GUUGCGCAUGCGCAGUGGAAGACGCGAGAGGACGCUGGUGCUGAGCUGCACUGAAGUGUGUGUGUGUGUGUGUGUGUGUGUGUGUGUGUGUGUGAGAUUCGCACAGCACCAUGGGAAACUAAAAUGAAAGGGUAGUGACAGCGGGGAUGUGUUUGCUUGUGUGUUAGUGGUGGUUUUAAAGAUGGCGGCUUUACUGUGCGGCGUUCUCCGAGUGUCACACUGCGCGCGCGCAUACAGCGGCGUUAUUAGGCGUUAUAGCACCGUGGAGACGGUGUGGACAUGUCACACACUCACACACCGAGCUCUGAUCAACAUCCGCGGUCAGGACACACACUCCUACCUGCAGGGACUCGUCACUAAUGACGUCAGAGCGCUGGAGCAGAGUGGACACACUGCCCUGUACACACACCUGCUCAACGUGCAGGGCAGGACCCUGUAUGACGUCAUCAUCUACAGUCUGAAGGAAAGCAGCGAUGACCCAACCAGCGUCCUCCUCGAGUGUGACAGCUCGGUGUUGAACUCCAUCACACAUCACCUGAACAUCUAUAAGAUCCGGCGUAAGGUGUUGGUGGAGGCGUGUCCAGGCCUGUCGCUGUGGGCCUUACUGGGACUGAACACACACUGCACACACACUGCCGAAGGGCUGGGACCUGAAUCUGAACCUCGGCCUGAGCUGAGGAACGGAGAUGGGGUGGUGGCAAUGGUCCAGGAUCCCAGAACCCCUCUGAUGGGCUGGAGACUGAUCACCAGGAACCAGGAGAAUCCUGCAGGAAUCAUCACAGCCUGUAACCAUGGCAACACUGAUGAGUAUCAUCGCCAUCGCUACAAAAUUGGUGUGCCGGAGGGUGUGCGAGACCUCCCCCCAGGCGAAGCUCUGCCUCUGGAGUCCAACCUCGUCUUCCUGAACGGGAUCAGCUUCUCUAAAGGGUGCUACAUCGGACAGGAGCUCACGGCUCGCACCCACCACACAGGCGUGAUCCGAAAGCGCCUCAUGCCCCUCAGCCUCUCCGUACCCGUGGAGGACCUGCCGCUGGGGGGCGCAAUCGAGUCAGCACAGGGGAAAGCGGCGGGGAAACUAAGGUCAGGGGUCGGGGAGCUUGGGCUGGGCCUCGUACGCCUGAGUCACGCCAAAGAGACCCUCACUGUGUCGUCCACUCAGGGUGAAAAAGUGACGCUCACGGCGUCUGUGCCAGACUGGUGGCCCAAGGACAUGAAGGACAAACUAUAAGCAUUAAUACAAUCAACAUGAAUAAUAAUAAAGGACGGGGACUGACCAGAUUCUACUGCUGUGCCAAAAACAAUAUCUUACAUUCUUCUGACAUAACUUUAAAUCGGUGGAGCUGGGUUUAGGAUCAGACUCGGGUUUAGAAUCAGACACGGGUUUAGGAUCAGACUCGGGUUUAGGAUCAGACACGGGUUUAGGAUCAGGCUUGGGUUUAGGAUCAGACAUGGGUUUAGGAUCAGGCUUGGGUUUAGAAUCAGACAUGGGUUUAGGAUCACACACGGGUUUAGGAUCAGACUCGGGUUUAGGAUCAGACAUGGGUUUAGGAUCAGACAUGGGUUUAGAAUCAGACAUGGGUUUAGGAUCACACACGGGUUUAGGAUCAGACUCGGGUUUAGGAUCAGGCUCAGGUUUUUUAGAAUCAGGCACAGGUUUAGAAUAAGACUCGGGUUUUGAAUCAGACUCUGGUUUAGGAUCAGGCACAGGUUGACCACCAGACUCUGGUUUUGGGAACGGACCAGACCCGGGUGUAGGACUGGAUACAUGUUUAGAACUGGACUCGGGUUUAAAACUGGGCUUGGCCAGUUUAGGACCUUACUCUGGUUUAUGACUCGGUACCAGACUGGGUUUAGGAGUGGACACAGGUUUAGAACCGGACUUGGGCUUGGAACCAGACCUGGGUUUAUUACUGGUCUUGGGUUUGUGACUAUAUAUAUAGUUAAAAGCACCUUAUAAAUAAAUCAUAAAUUGGUUUAGAACAAGACUUGGGUUUAGUAAUGGACUUGAGUUUAGAACCGGACUCUGGGUUUUUAGGACCGACCUCAGGUUUAGAACUGAACUCAGGUUUGGUGAAAGGUUUAUCUCAGGUUUAGGACCGGACUCGGGGGUUAGGAGAUAUUAACACGUUCAUUAACAUGUCCUUGAUCUCACACUACCGAUAAAUAAAAGUUAUUUAAGACAUGCUAAUAUAAAAUCUGUUACGAAUAUCGUUUCAUGUUCGAGUUUGAUGUUGAAAUGUUAAUUCUGUUUAUUUAAAUAAAAACAUCUGGAUCAGUAAUGA